CGUUCCCCAAAUAAUUACACGAAUCGAACCAAACCCUAGUUUUUCCUCUUCGAUUUCCCGAUCCCCAACCCGGCGACUCGCCGGAACCCUAGCCCUAGAUCCCCCGCGGCUUUCCUCGGUGCUAGCCAUGGCGUCCCUUAAGGAGCUCCUCCCGACGCCCAAGGUGUCGGCGUCGACGUUCUACGACCACAGCAGCGACCCGUGGUUCAAGGAGCGGUAUGGUGGGGAGUCGGCGCAGUCCGCCUCCGCGGCGGCGGCGGAGAAGCCCGCUGGCCCCGCCAAGCCCGUGCCGCCGUACGGGAAGAGGGGCGGGUUCGUACCGCGGCGGCCGGAGGACUUCGGCGACGGCGGCGCCUUCCCGGAGAUCCACGUCGCGCAGUACCCGCUCGGCAUGGGCCGGCGCGACGAGAAGGGCGGGUCGAAGAUCCUCGCUCUCACCGUCGACGCCAAGGGCAGCAUCGCCUUCGACGCCGUCGUGAAGCAGGGUGAGAACGCUUCUAAGAUCGUUUACUCCAAGCACAGCGACCUCGUGCCGAAGAUUGCCACGGCUGAUUCCGAAGCAACUGAGGACGAGGAGUACCAGAAACAGAUCGAGGAGACCACCGAGCGAACUAAAGCCGCCUUGGAGAAGGUUGUCAACGUUCGGCUCUCCGCCGCACAGCCCAAGAAUGUGCCGACGCAUGAUUCAGAGUCAAAGUUCAUCAAGUAUAAGCCAUCGCAGCAAUCGGCGGCCUUCAAUUCAGGUGCCAAGGAGAGGAUUAUUAGGAUGUCAGAGAUGGCUCAGGAUCCUCUUGAGCCACCAAAAUUCAAGCAUAAGCGAGUGCCCCGCGCUUCUGGAUCACCGCCUGUUCCAGUGAUGCACUCACCACCACGGCCAGUGACAGUGAAGGACCAGCAAGAUUGGAAGAUUCCACCAUGCAUUUCAAAUUGGAAAAACCCAAAGGGUUACACCAUACCGCUUGACAAGAGGCUGGCAGCUGAUGGAAGGGGGCUGCAAGAGGUUCAAAUCAAUGAUAACUUUGCAAAGCUCUCUGAAGCACUGUAUGUGGCUGAGCAGAAGGCCAGAGAAGCAGUACAGAUGCGAUCCAAGGUGCAGAGGGAGCUGCAGUUGAAGGAGAAGGAGAGGAAGGAGCAAGAGCUAAGGGCACUUGCACAGAAGGCACGCAUGGAGAGGACUGGUGCACCACCUUCAUCUGCAGGUUUUCCUGCUAGUGGUGGGAGAGGUGCUGUUGAUGACAGAGAUGAAGAUAUGGAUUUGGAGCAGCCUCGUGAGCAACGCAGGGAGAGUAGAGAAGAAAAGGAAGCGAGGAUUGAGCGUGACAGGAUCCGUGAGGAGCGGAGACGUGAGAGGGAGAGGGAGAGGAGGCUUGAGGCCAGGGAUGCUGCAAUGGGUAAGAAGAGUAAGCUCACAAGAGACAGGGAUCGUGAUGUCAGUGAGAAGAUUGCCCUGGGUAUGGCAAGCACUGGUGGAGCUAAAGGCGGGGAAGUCAUGUAUGACCAGAGAUUGUUCAACCAGGAUAAAGGAAUGGACUCUGGGUUUGCUGCAGAUGAUCAGUAUAACAUUUACUCAAAGGGGCUCUUCACAGCGCAGCCGACGCUGUCCACGCUUUACAGGCCCAAGAAGGAUGGUGAUUCUGAUGUGUAUGGUGAUGCGGAUGAACAACUGGAGAAGGUUAUGAAGACUGAUAGGUUCAAACCAGACAAAGGAUUUUCUGGUGCUUCAGAAAGGUCUGGAAAGAGAGAUAGACCUGUGGAGUUUGAUAAACAGGAGGAGAACGAUCCCUUCGGUCUUGAUCAGUUCUUGACUGAGGUGAAGAAGGGGAAGAAAGCCGUGGAGAAGAUAGGAAGUGGAGGAACCAUGAAGGCAAGUGGUGGAUCCUCAAUGAGAGAUGACUAUGAGGGUGGAGGAUCUGGGAGGUCCCGCAUUAACUUUGAAAGAGGGCGUUGAGGUGUUUGAUCUGCAUGAUGUGUUACGAAGGUUCUCAAUGCAUUUCCAAAUGUUCUCAGGACAGGAGGGUUUUAUCUUGAGAGUAUCAACUUCUUGAUGAGAAGGGAACUUAAAGUCUGAGUUGUUGCAAUGCAACGUCUACCUCCAAGGGGCGUCCUAAGGAUUGUAACUAUUUUGAUCCUGCGAUGAUGUUUGUUGUUUAUCUGGUUAUGGCUGGAUCUGUAAGCUUUAUUUAUUAUCAUUCCAUAGCACCUUCUAUUUUGUGAUACUUUAUGAAGUCUACAUGUGUCUGGCUGACCUUAAAUUUUCUGGUAUUGUAUCGAGUCAAGAUGUAUCUGGCUGAAAUACUUUCAGAUAUGGGAUAACAUAAUCCCGGGUUUUUUCACAGAUUAAUU